AAUUCAUGACUUUAUAAUUUUUUCUGUUUUUGAAUAAAUGUCCAAAAACGGUUAUUGAGAGUUAAGUUAUGAUGAACUAAUUCUUCCAAAAAAACAUGUCAUUGAAACAUAAAAAUGAAUAUCGCAGAUCCAUCGACGAUUACCAAACUGAAGCACCUGUACAGCGUAGGAUCGGACUCUAUUGGAUUUUAGCAGCAUUGAGAAUAGUUCUUACUUUUAUUUCACAGACAGGCUACAUUCAUCCCGAUGAGUUCUUUCAAUCCAUUGAAGUUAUCUCCGGAGACCACUUUGAUAUUGAUGUCUACAAGCCAUGGGAGUUCAACACCACCUUUCCCAUACGUUCUAUGUUCAUUCCUCAAAUUAUCGUUGGUUUACCUUAUGCGAUUCUCAACAGAUUGUCUCCAUAUACAUUUUACUUCUUUGGAGUAUCCUUGAGGAGACCAUACUUCUUCGUGCUCUUCCCUCGGCUUUUUAUGUGUGCAUUAUCUUUUCUGUCAGAUUAUUUUCUGUACAAGAUCUGUUUCAUGUAUGGACAGAAUUAUAAAGUCAGGCUUGUCACGUAUGCUAGCUCUUAUGUCAUGCUGACCUAUGCCACCCGCACACUGUCCAACUCGAUUGAAUUGGUACUGACAGCUGCACUGUUGUACUUUGUUUCCCGUUGCAUGGCAUAUUCAGAGAAGGUGGUAUUGCAGAGUGAUUACCUCUCCAUGAAAUACAAUGAAGCAGCGACUGCCGUAGAGCGAGUCAAGUACUACAAGCUCAAAGCAUCGCUACCCUCGCAUUCCCUUAAUGACUGUUUUGUGGUGGCCACAUUAACGGUGAUAGGGAUAUUCAACAGGCCGACUUUUAUCGCAUUUGCCUUUGUUCCCACCUUCUUCUGGCUGCAAAGAGGAUUGAACUCGAAAAGCGUCAACUUCAAAGACUUCCACCUUAGAAUGAUCGUCUUUGUUUUUUGUGGAUUACCGGCUGCGUUGUUUUUUAUUCUAGUCGACAGUUUUUACUUUGGAUAUUUAACGAUGGCAGAGAUAGGUCAAUUGGAGGUCGGAAUUAACAACUUUGUGGUGACACCGGUUAAUUUUCUCAGAUAUAAUGCGAAUACGAAGAAUUUGGAGUCGCAUGGAUUGCAUCCUCGUUUCCUGCAUCUUCUAGUGAACAUUCCGCUCCUGUUUAACGUUCUAGGGAUUAUUGGAUUGCUGACAUUCGUGAAAAUGAUACACAGCGGACUAAAGGCACAAUGGUUGCAUCUACCACGCCUGCAGAGUAUUGUAAGCCUGAUGACAUUCACGUUCAUCGUUCCAGUCGCCUUGCUAUCUCUCUUUCCUCAUCAAGAACCUCGCUUCAUAAUUCCGGUGCUGUUUCCACUGGUAUUUCUUUACGCGCCCGAGCUAAGUCAAGUCCCCAGUCUGGACAUCGUUCAAAAAUAUGCAAAUGGCGAGUCUUCUAGUCCUGUCAAACCGACGAAGCAUAAGUCCAGGAAGAUGAUGCUCUGGUAUGUUAGCAAUCUAUUGCUGGCUCUCUUCUAUGCUUUUGCGCAUCAGGGCGGAAUUCUACCGCUCGUGUCUUACGUUACAACAGAGUUGAAGACUAAACCGCAUCUUACUCACGUGCACUUGUACACAUCGUAUAGUUAUUCGCUGCCCACAGCGUUACUACAGCUGCGAAAUACUCGUAGGAUUUAUCGCAGUAGCAGUAAUCACAAGUACAAACUAACGCAGGACUUUCACUUAUACGAGCAAGGCUCCAAGCCUCUGCCGUGGGUAUUUGAUAGCAUCACUAAGAGGAUCAGAGAUUGCGAAGAGAAGUUUACUAUUAAGAAGAUUCCCUAUAGAUUGUAUUAUGCAUUACCAGCAUCUGCGAUAAAUGAAUUCGAGAAAUUAUCGAGCAAUAAUUCACACUUGUUCAGGUUUCGUGUAGUUAAGACUUUUUAUCCUCACGUCUCUGUGGAGAAAUUACCGUCACUGCAUUCGCUCGACGGGCUAGAACAUUUAUUAAAUUUAAGGCACGAUAGCAUUUUUAGCAGUAUCGUCGAAACUGCAAAAGAUAUUUAUAAGUAUGUUAAACAGUUUAGAUUAAUGUUGCUAAAAAUUGAAUACUUAGUGCCCGAAUCGACACAAAAUUAAUUAACAAAUGAAUAAAUUAAAAAAAAAGGCUAAUAAAAAGAGGAACAGUAUGAAUAACCCAUACAACACGCUUGACUGGAAAUGUAAAACUUGUGAAUCGCCUUUGGACGUCGCCUUAAGCGUGCGAUUGAUCCACUGACGCUUUCAACGUCGAACUAUUUUUAUAUAUCCCAGU